CGGCCGCGGCGGAGAGGCGGGCGGGGCGCGGGUUCCAGCGCACCCCGGGCCGGGCCAUGCCCUGCUGCAGCCGCGGCAGCCAGAGCAGCUCGCUGCCCGCCCGCUGCCCCGAGGGGACCCCCCGCGCGGGCUUUGCCCGGCGCCAGCAUGAGGAAAAGCCGGGUGCAGCGCAUGGUCCUGGCCACUUGUCUGGGCUCUUUCCUCCUGGUCAUUUUCUACUUCCAGAGCAGCCUGAACCCAGCUGCCGAGGAGAGGAUUCUGGGGACCAGCUGGCACGGGAAGUCAGGCCGGAGUCCACUCCAGGCACUUUACGACAGUGACCAGUUCGAGCAGUCAUCACUGCAGGCCACUCACCAGCAGAGGCGGGACCUGUUGAGCAGCGUUUGCAACCGCUACACCCGCAAGCGGCGCCUCCUGACGCCUGAUGACCUGCGCCACCUGGUGGUGGAUGACGUGCAUGGGCUGCUCUACUGCUACGUGCCCAAGGUGGCCUGCACCAACUGGAAGCGAGUCAUGAUGGUUCUGACUGGACAGGGCAAGUACCGGGACCCUCUGGAAAUCCCAGCCAAUGAGGCCCAUGUCUCGUCCAACCUGCGCACCCUCUCCGAGUACAGCACUCCCGAGAUCAACCAUCGCCUGCGCAACUACCUCAAGUUCAUCUUUGUGCGGGAACCCUUCGAGCGCCUGGUCUCGGCCUACCGCAACAAGUUCACCCGCCGCUACAACACGGCCUUCCACAAGCGCUACGGCACUAAGAUCAUCCGCCGGCACCGGCAGGAGCCCAGCAACGAGGCCCUGGAGCGUGGUGAUGACGUGCGCUUCGAGGAGUUCGUCUACUACCUGCUGGACCCGCGCACGCAACACGAGGAGCCCUUCAACGAGCACUGGGAGCGGGUGCACUCGCUCUGCCACCCCUGCAUCAUUCACUACGAUGUGGUGGGCAAGUACGAGACACUGGCCGAGGACGCCAACUAUGUCCUGCAGCUGGUAGGGGCUGAUGCCAGUGUCAAGUUCCCCUCUUCCUCCAAGACCACCAGGACCACAGAUGACAUGACAGCCCAGUUUUUCGAGGACAUCAGCCCCUUCUACCAAAGGAGACUCUUUAAUUUAUACAAAAUGGAUUACUUGCUCUUCAACUACUCCAUCCCGUCAUACCUGCGCCUCCGAUGAGGGUGGUGGUAGGGGGGGCCCUAGAGAACGGGGGGCCUCACCCGUUUUUAGCUACUCAAGGCACCUCCCACCUUCCCCCCGCAUCCUCGCUGUUUGGUUAAUUCCUUUCCUCUCUGCCUCUCCAUUCUACUUCAAGCACGGGCAUCACAUGCCGACGCCCUCAUUGGGACUGACCACGUGGCGAGAGGCUGCCUUGUUGAUUAGCACAUGGAACGCUUGGGCCAAAACACCCGUAGCCCAUUCCAGUGCCUGCGGUAGAUUGUUCACGGAAGCAGGCUGCUAUUGUUUAAACGUUCCACUUUUGUGUUUCCUUUAGAUGCUAAGAGAAUUCACUGCAGAUCUGAAUCUCGGGAAGGCUGCUUAUUGGGGUAGGCUCCCUUUACGGCCUGUCCCACUAACUGGGUUGUUUGCAGCCCUGUCACAAGAGGGAUCUCAACCUUUGAUGGGCACGGGGAAGAGGACUGUCAGAAUUUUGCACAGGAUGAUGAGAAAAGCAAUAAUUUAAUGUGUAUUGUUUUCUUUGUUCUUCUCCCUUCCCCCCAAGCCACCCCCUUUCCCAUUGAUUGAGGAAGGGGGGAUGUGAGCCAUCAAUGUCUUCUUGUGAUCUAGUAUUUCUCUGUGGCAAAGCCUGUUUUUAUCGCUUCUCCGCUCAGUUGGAAUUUUAAAUACUUUGUUUUAUGUACGUGUAGAAAGAGAAGGACAGAUUCAUAACUGUAAAUCGAUGAAGCUGCAUUGAUUUCAGUGAAACUGCACUGAUUGACACCAGCAGAAGAUUUGGCCGUGUGUGUCCUGACCAAAUAUGGUAAUGAAAGGCCCCAUGACCCUUAUGUGUAAGAGUAGGUGUCGACUGCUCUUUGGGACAGGGACUGUUUUAUUUUCCCUCUGUUUGGGGUCCCAUUGUGUUAGGUGCUGUACAAUCUGGUUACCCUCUAAGGACUACCACAAUAUAAAUAUUCAAUAGUAAUAAUCCUUAUGUCUUGGCCAAAUUCCAGUUGGGCUGCUUAAAUGUGGCCUACCGAAUAUUCUUCUUCACCUCCUGCCAUAUGAUGUAGCUGUAUGCUGUUAAACAGCUGCUGCUUCUCACUCCAGAGGUGGCUGCAUUUCACUGCUGGACCAAACAAUUCCCAGGCAUAGUUUGUAUAUCAGUUUGUUUGUAAAGCACUUUGGGAGGGGAUGCACUAUAGAAAUGGGAGAUAAUUAUAGUUUUGAAAAGAUGACACAAACUUCUGGAAAGGGUGGAGGGAAGAGAGAGAGAGAGUCUGUGUUUGUCUGUAUGAGAACAAAACAUAAACAGAGUCACCUAGUGGAAAGUUGUUGGCUGGCUGGCUUUGGACAAUUCAUUACUUGAAGAAGAAAUAAGAAAACCUAGGAUUUUAAAUUCCAACCAGUCCAGAUGGAUGGAUUUGCUUAGACAAAACAGCACUUCAGUCUUUACUCUGUUAAAUUCAGCUUUGGUUCUGCAUAUAGAGCAUCUCCUCUGUAAGUAAACGUGCUGAUAGCAGAAUUACUGUACAGUGUGUCUGCUGAUUCUAUUGUGAAUACUUGACUUAGUGCAAUACAGUGGCAAGGUUUUUAUAAAACUCCAUUGUGCUCAGACUUAGUCUUUUUAAAACAAAUGUUUUCACUGAGUAUUUUUCGGCUUGUUAUUU